AUGGGGUUCGAUUUGAGAUUUGGACGGCCGGUGAACAUUGAGCAAAAAGGCUUGGUGACUGAAAGUCUGAGUACUCCGACGCAACAUAUCGACUUCCCGCGAGCUGCCGACUUACCCAACUUGUACAUCGAGUGUCUGAAUGCUCGGACGCAAUGUAUCGACUUCCCGCGAGGUGACCUGUUAGAAGACAUUCAAGGAGAGUUGAGUGCUUUGACGCGACAUAUCGACUUCAAGGCCGUCCGAUGA